AUGAGUCGGGCGUUCCUUUCCAUCUGUCUGCUGGCGAGCGUUCUACCAGCUGAAAACUAUCAGCUAGCCUUGGCUUCCCAGAACCCAGCCACCUUGUUUUGUCCAAAUGGUUCUCAACACAACGAAUUAACUUGGCAGUAUCAAAGCCUGGGUGGGGACCAACCCAAGACCAUGUGGUCCAACAAGGGCCCGGUGAAAAACGUCAAGGAUCCCCGUUUGUUGAAUCUCCAGUCAAGGGCCAUCAUGCAUUUUGGAGACUUGAAGUUAGAAAGCCCCAAGAUCAGGGAUUCAGGUGGAUAUAUCUGCAAGGGGGAGAAGGAGACUCUAGUCCACUACGAAGUGGAGAUCCAAGAGGUCUAUGAACUCCACAUAUCCCACGCCGGCUUAGGGCAGAAGGUACGAGCGAACUUCACUGAGGACUUAGGAGACGGCAGGCAGGUGGAAGUCUAUACGCACUGGAACAAAUGGCAGGCUUGUGAUCGGUGUGGCUCCGAGGGAGAGAGGAAAAGGGUGGGGUUCUGUUACGGAAGGGUGACCCAGCACAGCGUUCUGGUUUGGGACGCUCUCCCAUGCGGUCUGAUGAGGAUCAGGCUGGAAGCGCUUGGGAAGGAGUUCACAGGUUUUGGCCCCGAGCUCAGGAUCGAGCUCUGUAAUGUUACCUGUUCAGACAUGGACAGUGGAGCAUUCCUACAAGAAAUGGGUUUGAAUUUUGUGGAGAAACACCUAGUCCAAGUCAAUGGGGAUGCAAGUUUGACAUGCGCUGGUGCAUCCCUUUACAGCCCACUGUACUGGAUGAAAGACUCUCACCCGCUCACCCAUCUUGAACUGCUGAAGCAGGACGACAGGCACUCAUUGGACAGAGCGACAGCAGGCGGAACCUACCGCAUCAGCCACCUCACAAUGAAAGAUUCCGGAAUGUACCUUUGCUAUGUCAAUAGAACCCUGACCAAGGCUUACCAGCUGGAGGUCCAGGAACCGGGCGACAGGGCUUUGUUUCAGAUGGAUGUGUUUCUUGUGUUGGCAGUGAUGGCUUUCUUCUUCAUGCUUGUUGGGUUAGGGAAGUGUUACUACCAGGAUUUAAGCGAUGGUUGUACAAAACACACGGAGGAGACAACAGAUGAAAAGGCGACAUACGAAAUGAAAGAGGCAGAAUGUCUAAUGGAAUAA